AAUGGAGAAAUUAUGUUUCGCCUUUUUCUUAUUGCUCGUAGACCGCCAAGCAACAGAAAUAUAAAAUGACUGAUAUCAGCGUGAAAUUUGUUUCCAAGAAAAUUAGUAAGAUUAGGUGGCGACCAAAAUCCGACGUAAAAUCUGCGCCUUCAACCAUUUUUGUUACAGGCAGUUGGGAUGACCAACAAAAUACAAUCUGUGUGUGGGAUCUUCGAGAUAGAAUAGCAGCUUCAGAUGAUAGAGAUGAUGAAAUCAGCGCUUUGGAUCAUGAGCCCCAGAAGACUUUUGAAAUGCCAUAUGCUGGCGAUGUCCUUGACUUACAGUAUCUUUCAAGUAAUACAUUUGCUGUAGCAUCAUCUACCGGUGCAGUAACUGUCUUAAAACAUUUGUCCAGUAGUGAGACACUAGCCCACUUAUGUACAUGGGAUAAACAUCACCAGUUUAAAACUGGCAGUCCUGCUGCUUGUACUUGCUUGGCCCCUAGAGGUGAUGAAUGGAUAGCCACUGGUGGAGAGGAUGGACAAAUUGUUAUAGUUGCAUUAGAACAGAGGCAGCCAGUUCAAACACUAGACAAAGCUGAUAGCUGCACUAUAAAUGAUCUCACAUUUCUAAAGCAGUCUGAGAUUCUGUCAGUCAACUCAUUUGGACAAUUGAAAACCUUUGAUUUGAGACAAGAUCCAAAACAACAAGCUCAAAUUUUUUCUGUCACAGAAAACCAUACUCCAUUACUUUGCUUAGAUAAACACCCAGGUCAGGCUCACAUAGUAGCUACAGGGGGUGAGGAUGGAAUGUUGACUAUCUGGGACCUAAGGCAAGAGAAAUUUCCUAUGACAUUGCUUGAAGCCCACACUGGUGCCAUGUGGGAAGUCAAAUUCCACCCACACAACCCCAACCAUCUGUUCACAUGCUCUGAUGAUGGCUCCUUGUGGCACUGGGAUGGCUCCUCCACAGAUCCUGUCUCCAGUUUUACAGGCACCAAAGGUAAGGAUUCCACCAGGCAGGGAGGAGCCAUCGUUAGCCCGUGGCUAAGUCUGGAGACAUCUCGACACAAGCUGGACAUCUCAUCCCUGCUGCCCAACAAGUCUCUACCCGUGAACUCCCUGGACAUUGACACCAGUACGCUGCUCUGUGGUACCGACAGUGAAACCAUCUACUCUGUACAUCUCCCUAUGCUGGACUAGACGUGGGACACGUACUUGCUACCUUGAAGUGCUGUUGAAGAAUAGAAAUAAAAUAUUGAAAAUAG